AUGCUGUCCCGCCGAAUCGCAGCGGCGCGCCCGCUCACUCGCGCCCUCCAGCCCGCAGUAUCACGCACCACCCUCACCCAGAUCCGACACAUUACCCAAGCCGACAUCGAAGACCCAGGCAUGAACGGCGGCUACAUCAACCCGCCCGCCGAGAAGCGCCAAUUCCGCGACCCCUACGCCGACUGGUGGGACAAGCAAGAGCGGCGCAACUACGGCGAGCCCGUGCACGAGGACAACGACAUCCUGGGCAUGUUCUCGACAGAGCAGGACCGCCACUUCACGCCCGGCUGGGGCGCCGUGCUGCUCGGCACAUUUGUUGCGAGCGUGCUCGGACUGUGCGCUAUCGUGCUGCCGUAUUAUCCUGAUAAGCCGGCUGUGCCGAGGGCGUUUCCGGGGGGGCUGGACAGGGAGCUCGGGGGCGGGAAUGCGCUGUUGGUAAGUGUCUUUCUUGGUGGUGAGGGGAAAGAAUGA